AUGGAGGGACAUACACAUAGCUCUGUCUCCUCUCGAAACGAGAGAAAAGCACUCGAAAGGACCAAAAUUGUGCAACGAGAGACAGAGAGAAAAACACUGAAAACGAUAUCAGACAUUUUGAAGAAAGAAGAUGGUGCACGCACUGAAAUGGAUCUGGCAGCUUUACAGCAGCACCAAGACAUUGUGCAAAAAUUAUGCAAACGCCAAAUCCAGAGGACCUUGGUGAAGAGAAAGCAAGAUGAGGUGUUUGAUGAUGCUGAGGAGCUGAGAUGUAAGGUCAAACAGCUAGCAGAGGCAAUACGCACGUCCCAAAACCUGGUCAUUUAUACGGGUGCAGGCAUCAGCACGGCUGCAUCAAUUCCAGACUACCGUGGGCCUAAUGGUGUUUGGACAAAGUUGAAGAAGGGUCUGCCAGUGAGAGUGGCAGAUUUGAGCCAAGCUGAGCCCACUUUCACACACAUGUGCAUCAAGAUGUUGCAUAAAGAAAAACUGGUUCAGCAUGUGGUCUCUCAAAACUGUGAUGGACUCCACCUAAGAAGUGGACUCCCCAGACAAAACCUCUCUGAGCUACAUGGAAACAUGUUCAUAGAGGUGUGUACAACUUGUACCCCAGUGAGGGAGUACAUACGUCUCUUUGACGUGACAGAGCGCACAGCUGUACACCGGCACAUCACUGGGCGUCAAUGUGGUCAUUGUGGAGGAGAUCUUAGGGACACUAUUGUGCACUUUGGCGAACGAGGCACCCUGGACCAACCGCUUAACUGGAAGGGAGCUAUAGAGGCAGCUGAACGCUCUGAUACCAUCCUUUGUUUGGGCUCGAGCCUUAAGGUGCUGAAGAAAUAUCCACGUCUCUGGUGUAUGAACAGGCCUGCUGUUAAGAGACCGAGGCUCUACAUCGUCAACUUGCAGUGGACACCUAAAGAUGAUUUGGCCACUCUGAAAAUCCAUGGGAAGUGUGAUGAUGUGAUGUUACUAUUGAUGGAGGAGCUAAACAUUAAAGCACCAGCCUACAAUAGAGCGGAAGAUCCAAUCUUCAAUAUGGCUACAACUCUUCAGCCAAAGGAGAAGGCUAGUCACACCCGGAAAUUGUUAGUGCCACCUUCUGCUGUUGACACGGGUCCUCCAGAAUUCAGUGACCAUGUAGAAGGGACAGAAGGGACACAAGGAGGCUGGUUUGGACGAGGUUGCAACAAAGGACGAAAGAAAUAACAAAUGGUGGAUGUAAUUCGAAAUAUAGAUUAAUGUGGCGAAAUGGCACAGUUUUGUAGUAUUUGACAUUUGACCUUAGUAUUGUACUUUACCAUGUUUACACAAUUUCUUUGUCUUCAUUAAAACUUAUUUGUGUAUCAAG